AUGCUCUGUCGCAGCGGCCUCGGCCUGAGCCACUCCAGACAAGCUCUGCUGCGAAGUCGCGUGCCCUCACGGUAUGACGUCUUCGUCCGGCGCAUACAAAACUCGGGGCCUUUCCAGCCUCUACGGCCUCCGUCCCCAGCAGAUCUGGGAGCGCCGCGAGCCGCCAAGGAGUACAAGGGCAGCCGGAAAUGGGGGCGUCGACUGCUUGUCACGGCCGUCGUCGGCGGUGGCAUCUACGUUGUCGACCGGCAGUUCUACGCCUCCAGCGUUGGGCGGUCGCUUCGCACGUUUGGCACGGCGCUCGUCGCCGCCCUCGACUACAAGAUCAACUUCCGGCCGGAGCCCUGGGUCGGAGGGACCGUGCCUGAUCUGCACAUGCGCAAUGCCGAACGGCUCUUCCACCUGCUGCGCGCAAACGGCGGGCUCUAUCUCAAGAUCGGCCAGGCCAUCGCCAUGCAAAGCGCCGUGCUGCCGCCCGAAUUCCAGAAAAUGUUCGGCAGAAUGUUUGACGAUGCGCCGCAGGACGACUGGAAGGCUGUGGAGGCGGUGAUACGGCAGGACUUUGGCAAGAGCGUCGAGGAAGUGUUUGGAGUCAGCUUCAGCGGAAAGGAGGGCUAUGGCGUCAUGGAGAGAAAGGCCCGCGCCAGCGCAAGUGUUGCGCAAGUUCACUGGGCAAGGCUUCCCGAUGGGAGAGAGGUCGCUAUCAAGAUUCAAAAGCCAGAGAUUCAGACCCAAAUCUCUUGGGAUCUAUGGACUUUCAAGACCGUGACCUGGAUAUUCUCCAAGUGGUUCGACCUUCCCCUCUAUACAUUGGUACCUUUCAUCUCCGAGCGCCUAGAGCUGGAGACGGACUUCUUGAGCGAGGCGAGAAACUCCGAGACGAUGCGCGAGCUGGUCAACUCAGAGAGCCGUCUCAGAGGGCGGGUCUACAUCCCCACUGUGUAUUCUGACCUCACCACGAAGCGAGUAAUGACGACCGAAUGGAUAGAGGGCAUCAGACUGUGGGACAAGAAGGCCAUGACCUCGAGAUGGUUGGGUGGAUACGGAAAAGGCAGCCCCGGAGCCGGCGCUCCCCUGCCGCCGGUUGACAUGGAUGUCGCCCGCCGCGAGCUUCGCACAAAUCCCUACCAGGAAAAGAUCAAGCCCGAGCGCCAGGAAUGGAAGGGCCUUCGCGGGAGAGGCGGCCUUGGCCUAACGACGAAAGAGGUCAUGACUACCAUGGUAGACCUCUUUUCCGCCCAAAUCUUCAAAUGGGGUGUCGUCCACUGUGAUCCUCACCCGGGAAACAUCUUUAUCCGGCGACUUCCUAGCGGCCGCGCGGAGCUUGUGCUGAUAGACCAUGGCCUCUAUGUCUACAUGUCGCCCAAGUUCCGCCACGAGUAUGGCAGGUUCUGGAAGGCCCUCAUGACGUUUGACAACCGAACCGUCGUUGAGGUGACGGAGAAAUGGGGCAUCAAGGCUGCCGACAUGUUUGCGAGCGCGACCCUGAUGAAGCCGUACGAGGGCGGCGAGUCCUCCAUGCAGAAAGACAUCAAGGAGCUCGAAGGCCUCUCUCCUGCGGAGCGGCACUACUAUCUGCAACAGAGAAUGAAGCAAGGUAUUCGCGACAUUCUCGCAGACGAGGACAAGUGGCCUAAGGAGCUCAUCUUCAUCGGCCGGAACAUGCGCAUCGUCCAGGGCAACAACCAAUACCUGGGAUCGCCCGUCAACCGUAUCAAGAUGAUGGGCGAGUGGGCAAGUCGCAGUCUCUACGAGGACCCCAAUCUUCCCUGGGUGCAGCGGCUGAACAAUGCGUGGCGGCACAUCAUCUUCAAGUCGGUCUUGACGUUGACGGAUGUUGCCUUUUAUUUCUUCAAGCUGCGACAGCUACUUGGUCUCGGCGGCGGUAUGGAGGAUGAGAUGGAGCGUCGCAUGAAGAACAUGGCGCAGGAGUACGGCAUCGAGUUGCAGCAUGAGGUCUUUGAAGGGUGA